GGUUUUUAGCCCAGUAUGAGAAUUAAACUAGGUCGUGAGAUUAGGCUAUCUGAAAAACGGUGAAAAUUUAUUUGGAGGACAACUAAAUGAAGCAUGGAUUUAGAUUCUUAGAUUUGGAGAUUAAUGUGUAUUAACAAGGGGAUGAUAAGAUAUUCUAUGUGCAGGUGUUUCAUGCUUUGUUAUCUUAUAUAAAUACAGAGUCUUUGCAUUAAUUCCAUCAUUCCGAUUGUCACUUGGAAUCCAGAGACAGACAGGAUGAAGUGGCUUUUGCUACUCAGUUUAGCUUUGGUUGUUAAAGGCAAUUCCUCAUCAGAACAAUCUAAGGGUAAUACUGUUAUCGAUCCUCUACCAGACAAUGGUAUUGAUAGUGCCAACGAUGAUUCCGACAGAGUAAUAGAACCAGAAAUUGCUGAAAUAAUUUACAAUGAGGAGCCAAUGCCCGAACCUCCAUCAGAUGAAAGAGAAGAAUCGAAUCACGAGAGAAAGAAAAGAUACAUCAAAACGAGCACAACUCUCUGGCCGAAUAACGAAAUUAUUUAUUCCUAUACACCUUCUGAUUAUUCAACAGCGGGUUCCAGGAGUGCUAUUGAGUUUAGUAUUGGCUAUCUUAGAGACAGGACUUGUCUCAAAUUCACUGAAGUCGACCAGAAGAACUACAGUGCACCUCAUGUUAGAUUUGUCAGACAAAAUGGUUGUCAAGCUGAUCUAGGCUACAAUCCUAAUAGAGAUACAACUUGUAGUUGUUGUAGUAAGGGAACAUGUUACCACGAAAUGCUGCAUGUGUUAGGUUUUAUGCACGAACAUCAAAGACCUGAAAGAGAUCGAUAUAUUGAAAUCGAUUAUUUGGUGAUCGAUCCAGUAAAAUGGUCACAAUUUGUAAUGCUGAGUGAAAAUGAAGUGAGCUAUACAGAUAAAGAUAUAUAUAAAGUUGGUUCAACCAUGCACUACAGUGGAUGGGCUUUCCAGAAAGAUCACUUCGGAUCGGCCAUUAAAACUGUAAACGAUGAUUAUCAAAUGGCAGAAGAUUUUUACUACCCCAUCAGAGAAGCUAAUAUACGUUACAAAUGUCAACAAGCCGAAUGUUCAAAUUUCAAUCUGACGUGUGUUAAUGAUGGAUAUGUUACUAAAUACAUGGGAAAGUGCCAAUGUGUCUGUCCAGAUGGCCUGUCACCUAAGGAUGGCUGUAGUAAAGCUGUCACUUCCGCAAAUGCCGUCGACUGGCCAAGAGGUUCAUAUGCAUUCGUUGCCGCUGGUACAGGAUGUCCAGCCGGGUUCAAUAUAGGUCAUAGAAAACAUUGGAGUGCUGGUUUUUCCUGGGCCCAAAGUGCCAACAAUCCAAUGAAAGGAAAGCAAGAUCAUUAUUCCACAGAAUAUGAGUUUUGUGUCAGUAGAAACAAUUUUAAUAACAGUAAUAACAAAUGGCCUGCUGGUGUUUACUGUCUCCAUAGAGUUGGAGGAACUUGUCCUGAAGGCUUCACUCCUGGUGCUGUUCAAUUUGACGAUUUUAUCCGAUCAAGUAGUAGUCAUUUCAACAAUACUAAAUCGGGUGAUUUGCCAGAUGGCGUUUUUGAUCAAGAUACUAAAUUUGAAUUUUGUUGUCGAUCUGAUGGUUUAAAGACAAUCCCCAUAGAACUUCCUCUUACCAACGAGUUUGUCUUGUACAAUGCUGAUAACACCAUUAACGAUCCUUGUCAAGCAGUCAAAAAUUUCAAUUCAUAUAAAUAUUAUUACUCCUUUAACAAUUAUAUUUCUGCCAAUGGUUCUAUUGCAUCUCGAACUGGGAAAUAUCCAUUUAGUUUUACGUAUAAUGGAGUGAAAACGUUCCUGUUUUACAUUUGUCAUUAUACCCCUCUUGAUGUCUCGUGUGGUGGUACGAUAGAACUAGAUAAUAACAACCCAAGCCAGAAAUUCACAUCUCUCAAUUUCCCCAAUAACUAUAAUCACAAUUCAAAAUGCUCAUGGUUGAUAACGGCUCCAGUAGGAAGUAAGAUAUACCUUGAUUUUGACAAGUUUGACGUUGAUUGUUCCGAUAACGUAGAGGUUAGAGUAUUUAAUAUUGGUGAACAACAUCCUAAGUUCUGUUUACACAAUGGGAAGACCUUUAGAAGUUAUACCAAUAAGAUGACAGUCAUAUUUCAUACUUCGGAAUCUAAGGCUUCCUCUGGAUUUCAUGGCAAUGUGCGAUUCGUUAAAGAUGAAGAUAACUGCUAUGAUUACAAAGAUUAUGGUGCUUCAUAUCGAGGUACUGUUAAUAUCACAAAGAAUUUUGAAACUUGUCUCCCAUGGAGUGAAACUCUACUUUGUAGAUAUUCAAGUCGAAAUCCAAAAGAUGCUGAAGCUGGUUUGGAUAGUAAUUAUUGUAGAAAUCCUGGUUCUGCUGACAGACCGUGGUGUUAUACCGAGGCUACUGAAUGUAAGCGACGAGUUUGUGAUGUCUGUCAACAAGAGAAGGUGCAUGAUGUAUAUGCAGAUUGUCAGAAACUGAUAUCAACUGUAGCUAACUUCUGUUCACAAGAUCCUCGAGCUUCGGCUAAUUGUCGAUCAUCUUGCCUUAAAGAUAAUCCUCUACCAAGCAAACCCCAAUCGAGGUCUUCUGUAAGCUGUAAUCCGCCGACAACUGUUCCUUCUGAUGGUUAUACCAAUGAUACUGUUAAAUCGUCCUAUAACGUUGGUGAUAUUAUUACUUAUACUUGUAAUGAUAAUCCUGCCUCCACUGUUAAAUUAAUGUGUUCAGUAGAUGGAACGUUUAAUAGUUUUACUAAGGCUUGUAAAAUGUGUGAUGACGGAUGGUUGGCAUUAAAUGGUAUCUGUUAUAAAAAGGCAGAUCGUUAUAUGUCGUAUACGAAUGCUCGUGUAAAUUGUGAAAAGUUGGGUGCCAAACUAAUUAUGCCAAAAUCACAAGUUGCUUAUGACUUCUUACUACGUGUCAGAAAUAAGUUAAAAGAAACGUGGCUUGGUGCUAAUGAUAUAGCUAAAGAAGGUACCUGGAGAUGGUUAGAUAAUACUAUUAUUAGACAGGAAGAUAUGAGAUUUGGAACUGGACAGCCGUCCAAUUCGUCGGGUUCAUAUGAUUGUGCUAGUGUGUUGUCGAUCAGAAAUAAUCCAUUGUGGGUUGAUAAGAAUUGUUAUCAUUCAGGACUUCAUUACGAUUCUGUUUGUGAAAAGCCAGGAAAGGAUGUUUGUCAUGAUAUGAUCCCAGAUUGUUCUGAACGAGCAGCUCAAGAUUACGAUUUCUGCAAUGCCGAGAAUGGAUUUGCUGAAUUAUAUUGUAAAAAUUUCUGCACUGGUUGUAAAAAGUGCGACGCCGGAGGAGACUUUUAUAAUGGUAAUUGUUAUUAUCCACAACCAGAUAAAAAGUUGGGUUCCGCUGCUACUGCUGCAUGUGCUGCAAUGGGUGGGCAUUUACCAAUUGUAAAAUCUUGGGCAGAUGUAACCAAAAUAAAUUCCUACUUUGGUAUUCAGUGGCUUGGUUUAACAGAUGUAGCUACAGAGGGUUCCUUUAUGUGGCCAGAUGGUACACCGCUUGGUAACUUCAAUAAUUGGGGUGUCAAUAAUGAUGGAACGAAAGAACCAGAUAAUUACUAUAAUUCUGAUUGUGUUUUGCUUUACUACUCUAAGUGGUAUGAUCGUUACUGUUCUUAUUAUGAAUACUACAACUAUGUCUGUGUGAAAGAAAGCAAGGUUGCUAAAUGUGCUUUACCAAAUGCAAGUAAUAAUUCUACAUUGUCUCACGGGGUUGAACCAUUAUACCAAGGCAGCCGUAUUGUUACAAAAUGUAAUGAUGGGUACAUGGCCACUUCCGGUGAUAUAACAAGAAUUUGUUUAGCUGAUGGAACGUUCAGUGGUUCAGCUCCAGUUUGUGAAGAUGAAACAACAGCUAACGUCAUUACACCGAACAAUAAUGUACCUAUCGAAGACAGGCGCCAAACAAUAGCUACAUUAAAUGGUUACAUGUUUUCUGGUGAUUUUGAGCAAUUUGAGAUACCCCGUGCUGGUCAGAUAGUUAGUUGGGAAUAUUUCAGUAGGGCUGCUGGUAAUGUUGGUCUGAUGGUUUUUGAAUACAAUGGGACAAACAGUCUGAAGUUGAAGGGCUAUAAUUAUAUUAAAACCGAUGGUGCCAGUCGACAUUCCAUUUAUCAUGUACCAAUAGCAGGUAGAAUUAACGUUGAAAAGGGUGACAGAAUCGGUGUUUGGUUCCCGGAAAACAAGCAGGUCAUCGGCGUGAACUACCACCAUGACUACGUGGAAUGGAGAUAUCCAACCCAACAAAUCAGAAGAAGUUACAAUGCCUACAAUAGCACUACCAGUAUCAGCGUGAACACAACUUAUGACUUUUAUGAGUCAAGUUCAUCGACCAAAGAAGCUAAGGUUUUGCAUGGCUUCUUUUCUCUCAGAGCUAAUAUCGGCCCUAGAAAUUAACCCGAAAGACACAUCUAUAAACUUGUAUUGGUUAUGGAAAAUAAAAUUGUUUUUAAAAACAUAU